UCACAAUCAGUAUCACAGCCAGGAGGGCAAAUGGCAGGAUGAAGACGUUCUGAGGCGCCCUAAGUGCCUAAGCAUUGGCCAUGGUGACUUACAGGCAGUCAAGAAGCCGCGCUCCGAACUUUUUGCAGUAUUUGCUUUUCUUGGACUACUGCUCCUCGGAAUCCAGACUGGGCCCUUCACCCAAAAGUCGAAGGAAAAGCUUGGCACUUGUGAACGUCAGCCGCUGGCAGCUCCAUUCCUCAAAAUGUCCAAUGCACCCUCUCAGGAACAGGCUGCAGGCAGGCCAAAAGGGUGUGGAGGUGGAGUCUCUGUGAGAGGGGCUGACGGGCAGUUUAGGAAGAGAAGCUGGAAGGAUAUCUCCCCAGAACGAAGCAGCGGCAGCAAUGAUACAACACAACCAGAUGUGAGUCACCAGAGAGCACCAAGCAAUGCAACUCUUCCUGGGCAAGAGCCACUUCAGUCUCAGGUGGACUGGGCCGAGGAUGGCGGCGAUUGGAGUAGCCAGUCUGAUUCAUUCCAGCGAGAGCCGUCGGUGCUCGAUGUCUACACCCACCAGCUGCUCAGCAUCUUGGAGGAAUGCGUGCCCCCUGUUCUGCCGCUUGGUCCAGAUGACGUUGAUGAGGUCCUGGAAAGCACUUUCUGCUUUCCUACUUUUGUUGAGACAAAGGGGGUUUUAAACUACGACUCAUUCGUAAUGCCGGGGGUCUGUGAGGUCCCGCUUGUAGGUGGUGGAAUAGCAGUGGCCCAUUGGUGCAACUGCUGUCCAGAGCUAGAAUUACAACGGUGCAUCUUUAGUGGCAUUCCCCAAGGGAAGCAGGAAAUGUCUUACCUUGAGAGCCAGGCGCCACAGUGCAUUCACCUAAAGGCGCUGUUCAAGCUUGGGGAUGCUGUCGAGCUGACGGCUUCUAAACUUUGCGCACGGUCCAGUGAAAGCAGCAGAGCGCAGUCCAGUGGCGAGCAAGUUGCUGAGGAGCGUGUCCUUCUCCUCCCGUUUCGGGGUACUGCACCCAAGGCAGCUUUGGUAGGGACAACACGGUCGGAUUGUGUUGUGGUUGUAGAGAAGAGUCCUGGACGUUGGAACUGCACCGAGUGCUACGGCAAGGGGAAGAUAAAGUGCUGGCAUGUGCAAAGGGUGAUGGGGCCAGGGGCGUCUUUUGAAUAUUCGAGGAUGACGCCAGAGCAGUUUGAGGAGCAGUUGGCUCAGGAUUUUGACAAGACCACAGGAAAACGUAGGCUGAAGUGCCUCUCUCGGGCGGCUGUUCGGGAAGCACACCGGGCAGACCAGGAUUUGGCCAGCCUACUGAUGCGAAGAGGCACGGGUCAGGUUGGCUUCCCUGCGGUGUGUCAAGUCGGCGCGCCUUCGGAAGGAGAGUGCGGGAGCUGCAAACGGCCUUGGGCGGACUCCUUCGUGUCUCUGGUGUCGGGUACGAUCUUCCACCUGCUUGCGCCUGUCCAAACUCAAGUCCAGGUUCGGACCUGCCCAUGUGGGCGCACUGUUUGGCAUUACGGCGGUCGUGCGGAUGGCAUUUUGAACUUCAACGACAAGUAUCUCUACUCCUACGAGAUCCUGCAAUGGUAUGCCAACCAGAUGUGGCGCGCUAAAGUGCCAUUUGUGUCCAUGUGGGAAUCCGUUCUGUCAAUGUACCUCGCUGCGGGCGUCGACAAGGAGGCCCUCAAGUUGUACAUCAACCAACGUCAGGCGUUCCAAGACGCCUUCUUUGACUACAUCACCCUACUCGACAUCAACUACUCUACGUCGUUCCGCUGUACGUGCGCCCCUCCGGAGGGGGUGUCGCCAGCGGAUCACGAGCCAUCUGAGCUCAUCGGGGACGGUGUUACACUUGGUUAUCGGGCAGAUCUUAGCUACCUUGUAACACCUUGGAAGCGUGACAACACGGCUGAGCUAAAGACUGGUUCCCUUCAUCAGAACCGGACGUUCGUGCAGAAUGCUCAGAUCCGCGGGGCUCUACUCCGAUUUGCACAGCCACCGGGGAAGGCAGGAGCGGGACUGAUAGAGGACGAGUUAGAGCAACUGCGAACCUCCCUUUCAAACACUUCGGCGAAGCAUCUCGUUUACCUCCUCGAUUCCCCCCAAUUGCACCAAGCUAGAUUCUUCUGUAGCGAGCGCGCGAUAGAGUUUCUCCGCGCUGCAUCAGUACCCCAGGCUGCUGCCAUUCUGCUUCCGCAAGAGGUGGAGUCGAUCAUCGAGCUUCUCAUAAGCUCUGAGCAUCUAAGACUUGCAGAUCUAGGUGUGGCACGGAAACUCGCAGAGCGAGCUCCGGUUCUCGGACGGUUCCUACAAGGGCGGCUCGCUCAAGCGGGCAACCAGCUUGGCGAAGCAGAUUGCCUCCUCCUUCGAGACCUGCUAGUCGUUGCACGGAAGUCGUACGUUGAGGAACCGAUUGAGGCGUUCAAGAAGCUCAGAAGACGCAAAAUGGACGACGCCCAAAGCGAAAGAGACUCCCCAGGAGCGCUCGAUAUGGACGCCAUGUCCGAAGAUGAACAGUUCCUUCGGACUGGACACUACUUCCCGAACCAGCCCAUCUCGCGGCAGCUUCCACCAUACGCCGCCGACUCUUUCAGUCAGAAGGUGGGGCCGACCUGCACGAAAUACAAGAGCCAACAUAAGAAGCUCACUCCGGGCAUCUUCCCCUUCUUCUGCAUCUUUUGCGCGAUGUGCGUUGGCUUUGUGGUCCUACCAAGCGCGGAGUCUCCCAAGAUCGUGUUCCAGACCCUGUUCACCCGUUUCAGAAAACUGAAGCGCUUCAUCUGCGACAACGUCUGCCACUUGUUUUCUUAUGCUUUGAAUAGAGAGCCGAAAUGGGCGGGGGACAUCCACUCGCUUAUAGACAGAUUACACACCGUCAAUCACAAAGACUGCAGUCCAGCUUUUGGAAUUGACAGGUACGCUUCCUUACGAUCAGUUAACUCGCAGCGUAGUGAACAGAAAAACUCGAGGCUCGUGAACGCGAAAACCCAGGCCGCAUACAUGAAGCAGAGCAACUUCUUGAUAUUUAUGCGUUACUAUCUGCACUGUUUGAAUAGGCAAGAAGAGCUCGGCGAUCUGCUAGGUGUGGACAAAUAGUGCUCAUGCUUAUCAAGAGAACUUCUCGGUCUGCUGAACAAUAAUCUGUGACGCAAUCUGUGGGACGGAAUCGUAGGAUGGAAUUUUC